ACUCAAUCUUUUGUGAAUGUAUGUGAGCUAUUUGUUCUCCUGGGAAAAGGAAGAGAUGAACUGGUUUUACUAAUUAGAUAAACCAAUGGACUGAACCUGAAUUUUCAGUGUAAAACAAAAUCUGACUCGAGACAAGAACAUAAAGGAGAAGCGGCAGCUAUACACGCGCUCCAUAAUACUGGAAAAGAAUAAAAAUAGAAAAGAUUUUCUCGGUUAGGUGAAAAUUCUUAGUAUUACUUUGUAAAACGAAAAACGAAAAACCAAAAACCCCCCAAAGAAUUAGAAAUGUCUGCACAACUAUUUGAACAUAUAUUUAUUGUUACCUUUCUUCUGUGUAUACCAGUAUGCCAUGGUUGUUUACUUGAUGCAAAAAUCAAGUAUUUGGAAUGCAAAUCUUUCUUUACGGAAUUCUCUAAUAUUAAUGAGUUAACAAAUAAACUCGAUUAUUUAUGCAGUGAUAAACCAAGUGACAAACAAAAGAUUCUUGACUGCCAACGUAACGCAACAAAUGGGUGUGACGAAUUUUCCGAGCAAGACUUUCUUAAAGGAACUGAUGUCGAUAUCUAUGAUGAACUUAACAAAAAAUUGUGUGAACACAAACAAGAUGUACGCGACAAGCUCCCGUGUUAUAAUAAUAGCAGGGCGAAAUUUAAUUUAUCUGUCUUCAUCGAGGAGUUACAUGAAGAGAGACAGGACAAUAAUAUUACAAUACUACAAAAUCCAUGUGGGAUAUGGUCAUACUUUAUUGAAAAUUACCUGACGAAACCAUUAAGAAGCUGUUCAGAGACACUGGCUGAAGUAUUUCAUGAAUAUAUAACUAACCAGCUUCCGAAGAUUUGUGAAGUAAUCAAGAACAAUGGCAGCACAACCGUUGACUCUGGCAGCAGCACAACCGUUGACUCUGGCAGCAGAAAAACCGUUGACUCUGGCAGCAGCAAAACCGUUGACUCUGGCAGCAGCACAACCGUUGACUCUGGCAGCAGCACAACCGUUGACUCUGGCAGCAGCACAACCGUUGGCUCUGGCAGUAACACAACUAAACAUGGUACUGUUGACUAUGGCAGUAGCUCAAGUAUUGAAAAUCGCAGUAACAAAACCAAUGCAAAACAUCGUGGAACAAAUGAAGGACUGAGGGUAGUUUUAAAUACUUAUCUCAGUUGGUUAUUAAUUCUAAGUAUUCUUUUUGCUAUUGUCUAAAGAAAACGUACCGACUGAUUCAAAAUAUAUUAUACUAUAAGACUAUAAAACAAUAAUUUAUGAAAGGUAACAUUAUUUAUUAUUAUUACUAUUAUUAUUAUUAUUAUUAUUAUUAUUAU